AUGUCUGACAAUAUAGAAGAUCGAUCCGAGAUACCUUCUGAUGCAAAGGAAAUUGUGACUACAAAUGAAAUUGAAGCAACAGAUUCAGAACGUACAACAAAUGUCGAUAAUGAACUCCGUCAAGAUGAAUCCAAUGAACAAACAGGAGAUGACUCAAAUGACAACCUUGCAUCCAAACGUCAAUUAAUCAAUGAUUUAUUACACAAUGAUCAUUUUGAAGAAGGAACAGAACGUUACAUCAUCCCUCAAAAUUUCUUACAUGAAUUUUUGAAUUUACCAAUCGAUAAUUUUAGUGAUUUGAAAGAUCAACUUGGUCCUAUUGAUUUCCACUCAUUACUUAAUGAACAAGGUAAUUUAUAUCCCGAGAAUGAAGAACCAGUCACUUUUUGUCAUGUAUCGCCAGAAGUAUUUCAACAUUUGGGUGAAUGGUUUGGAAUAUUGGGCCAACCAAUUAUUAGAGCUAUCAUUAUUAAUCCAGACACCAAAGAAAAACAGAUUGAAAGAUUCCCGCCAUUAUUUUGGGUUCAUCAAUUAGGUAAAAAGACGCAACCAACAUACUUGCGACACCGUCAUAAUGGAAGCAACCACAAUCAUCAUCACCAUGGUCAUCACGAUUCACCAAUACCAGUAUUGCUUUCCAAAACAAGCACUUUUCAUAGAUUAAUGGAUGUUAUACGUUAUAAUGUUCUUAAAGCACCACGAAAAUCGACGAAAGAUUUUAGGAUUUGGUUUAUUGUCCCACAAGAUAAAGGCUUACAGUAUUUGAUUUCAAUACAAACUUUUAUGUUUGAUAUCUCCAAAAAAACUUUGGUUUCACCAAAUAUGCUUGAGGAUGCUUUGAAAGAUCACGGUAUUGUGGCCAGUUCCUAUAAUAUAAUGGUAGAAGCAAAAGAAAAACAUCAAACAGAAUUUCCUAUUGAUCAAUUUAUUUUAUCUCAUUCUAACGCAUAUGAAGAAGUAUCACAGGGUGGUGGACACCUUGGAUUAUCAAACAUGGGGAACACAUGUUAUAUGAACUCGGCUUUACAAUGUUUAUUACACGUUCCUGAAAUCAACUAUUAUUUUUUUUACAACAUUUAUAAAAAAGAAUUGAAUUUUGACAACCCCUUGGGAUAUCAUGGAGAUGUUGCCAAUGCAUUUGGUUCACUUUUAAAACAAGCAUUUGAUCACGUGAAAAAUAGUUCUAGUAUAUCUCCUCGAGAAUUCAAAUCAACUAUUGGGAGAUAUUCCUCGAUGUUUUCUGGGUAUCUUCAACAAGAUUCUCAAGAGUUGUUGAGUUGGCUAUUAGAUGCUCUUCAUGAGGAUUUGAAUAGAAUUCACCAAAAACCAUAUUGUGAAAAGCCCGAAUUGAAAGAUGACGAAAUUGAUGACCCCCAAGCCAUCACCAAACUUGCCAAUACUUGCUGGAAUCAACAUAAGGCAAGAAACGACUCGGUGAUAAUUGAUUUAUUUACUGGGUUGUAUCAAUCUACAUUAAUCUGUCCUGAUUGUGGUAAGAAAUCCAUAACUUUUGAUCCCUUUAAUGAUUUAACUUUACCUUUACCCAUCAGUAAGAAAUGGUAUCACACAUUUACAAUUGUUGAUUUGUCCAAUCAAGGCGUUAUACCGGAAAGGAUAAUGAAGUUGGAAGUUGAGUUGAAUAAAACAUCCAAUUUCGAUGAUUUACUUAGCUAUUUGAGUAAUUUCUUGAAUGUUCCAUCUACUGAGUUGUUUGCUUAUGAGAUUUUUCAAAAUGCAAUCUAUAGUGACUUCCAAUUAGAUUACACCAAGAACAAGUUUUUACCUAUCAGUGAUAUUAUCAGAGAUACAGAUGAUGUUAUAGUGUACAUUGUUCCACAUAACCCUGCCGUUGACAUCAUUGUGCCAGUGUUCAAUGCCGUUGAAGAUGCUGAUAGUUCAUAUCAAAUGGUUAAUUUUUUUGGAAUCCCAUUAUUUGUGGUGAUGAAUAAAGAAGUCGAUGUCAAUAGUUUUGGUUUUAUUAGAAAGAAAUUAUUAGAAACAGUUUCUUUAUUGAGUAAAAUUGAUUUGGUUGAUGAAUAUGAAAAAAUAAAAAGGAGUAAUGAAGAUUACGUUGAAAAAGUAUUUUACAAAAAACUGGAUUUCCCUGCAUUGUCACAGCCAUUAGAAACCUCCGAUUGUGAAAAAAACAACAAUAAUACUAGCGACAACGACGACGAUGAGGAUGCUGACAACGAUGAAGGCUAUGAUAGUGAAGUGUCUUUGGCUAACCCAUACCUUGGAGCUAAUUUUGGGUUCAAAAUCAUGUAUGUUCAUGACUAUAGCCCUAAAUUGAAUUCUAACCUUCGUAGCAGGUACAAUCAUGACCAAACAACCAAAUUCAAACAAACAGAGAGAGUUAUUAAUGUUCCUACACACAAACCUACUUUUAGCGAUUUCAAACCUUUAUCGGACCAAUUAUCAGAAUCAAAACGCAACUAUUAUUUUUAUCCUGAUUAUAAAAAGAUGGAUGAUGAGAUGGACCAAUUGGUGGAGGAAGUGAACCAAAAUUUGGCAGAGCAAGAAGAAGCGAGAUCAUCGGGUUCAGAAAAUAGUAGUAGAGCACUGGAAGAACAAGAUGGAUUUGUAUUAAUAAAUAAAGAGGAUACUCUCAAGCAACAAUCAACUGUACCUGCUGCUGCUGAAACGGUACCUCCACCAUUACCUGUUAGAAAUAAUACUGGAGUUCACAUCCCGUCAUCCGAUGAAGAAACAGAAAGUGAAGCUAAUUUGGGAAGUUUGUUUGAUUCAACAUCAAACUUACCGUUGCCUCCACCAUCUACAUAUUCCGAAUCAACAAAACCUUCGAAUGUAAACUCACCUAUGGAAAGUAACUUUGAAAGUUCAUCAGCAGACUUGAAUUCUGGUACAACAUUGAUAUCGAAGGACACAGUUUUGUUAUGUGAUUGGGAUAAGGAAAUUUAUCAAAAAUGCUUUGGUGAUAAAGAAUUACAAGCAUGGGAAAACAUAUCGAAUUUACCGAAUCCAGAAUUGGAGAAAAAUAGAGCUCAUUUUGAAAGACAAAGAAAAGCUAAAAUUACAUUAUCUGAUUGUCUCAAGAGUUUCAGUACCCCUGAAAUUUUAGGUGAACAUGAUUUAUGGUAUUGUCCACGUUGUACUGAACAUAAACGUGCCACAAAGACAAUCCAACUUUGGUCAACGGGUGAUAUCCUCACUAUUCAUUUGAAAAGAUUUCAUAGUGCUCGUGCAUUUAGUGAUAAGAUUGAUGUUUUGGUUGAUUUCCCAAUUGAAGGUUUAGAUAUAAGUUCGUAUGUUGCCAAUACUGAUUUGACACCUGAAGAUUGUUUAUACGACUUGAUUGCCGUUGAUAAUCAUUAUGGUGGGUUAGGAGGUGGUCAUUACACUGCCUCGGUAAAGAAUUUCAGAGAUGAUAAAUGGUAUUAUUUUAAUGAUAGUCGAGUCACUGAAAUUAAUAAUCCUCAAGAAGUCGUAGCUAAUUCUGCGUACCUUUUAUUUUACCGUCGAAGAAGUUCGAAAGGAGCUGGUAUUUUGGGAGGAGAAAACUUUAUCGACUUGCUUCAAAAAGGUCGAGAGGAAUACUCUGAGAGUUUGCAAAAGAAAAGAUUGGUUCUUCAAAAUGUUGGCCAAAUAGUCAAUACGUAUGCCAAAAUUGAACAAGAUAUAAUUGAUAAAGAAACAGAGAAACAGAAAGAGGAACAAGAACAGGAACAGGAACAGGAACAGGAACAGGAACAAGAGCAAGAGCAAGAGCCAGAUCAAGAGCCAGAUCAAGAUCAAGAGCCAGAUCAAGAGCCAGAUCAAGAUCAAGAUCAAGAGCCAGAUCAAGAGCCAGAUCAAGAUCAAGAGCAGAAUGAAACAAUAAAAAAAUCUAGACCAUUCGAUGAACUCAAACCAUCAACUAGUGAAACAAAUAACCAACAACAAACAACUCAGUUCAACUUUGAUGAUGAAGAUAAUGAUUACGAUUAUGAAGCAGAAGUAGAAGAUUCCAAUAUUCGCAAACAAAGAUUACUUUCAAAAGAAAAUAACAGCAAUAAAUUGGUGCAUAUUAAAAGCAAUGGUCGCCAAGAAGUCACUUCAUCACCAGUACCAAUUGAAACUGAUGGUGACACUGAUGUAACUGAUUCCAAUUCAACAUAG